GACGCGGCAUUUUUACUGCAGAAUUUUUUCAAAAUAUGAGUAGAUCUCGUCAAAUGUUUUGGAAAAACGAGUUUAGUGGGUGGAAAUCACUGUUUAGAAAGAAAAUGACGCACAGUGCAGCGAAGAAUAUUUUCUUUCUACUCCUCAUUAACAACUUGAAAUGAACGGAUGCAGAAUUCAAUGCAGAGUAGAUGUACUUUCUAGAACAAAUCUUAGCCUUCUUCUUUUUAUCUCAUUACAACAACUCGAAUAUUAAUUGACAGCUCAGAAGAAAAGAAUAAAUCGCGGGUCGACAACUUGAACUGCCUGGAACAUUCGAAAUCGACAAUUUUAGAACGAAAACGGUAGUCUUCAACAACUUAAAUAAAAAUGAAUAUUGAACCCGAUGGUAGAACUACUCACUAAAUUAACAGAGAACUUUACUACUUAGUGUGGCAUAAUUAAUAAAAUUGGGUCCAAAGAGCAAAAUAUGACCAUUAAAAUUACACAUUAAACAUUAUUAUCAACAUUAUGACAAACAUUAUUAUCAGCAAUUACAACUUGCAGUUAGUUUUAGUCAAAUUAGAUAAUAAUUGCCAAUUUAACCAAAUCAUGUCAUUGGCAAUAAAUUAUUACUUUUUACCAAGCUGCAAAACUUGAAUAAGAUAUCCCAGAUUUAUAGAUUCUUUCUCCACAUUUUUAAUGCAAAAAGGAAUAAAGCGAGGAGGAGGAGGAGGAAAUCGUUUCAUCCCCUUUAUUUUCAUAAUUAUAAGGCUGGAAAGAAAAUUGCAGCAUAAUAUACACGCAAGACGCUUUAUACGCCCCCAAGCUGAGGGUGUGUCCAUUGUCAUAUAAAGUUUUCGUUCAGAUUAGAUUUUCGCAAUUUAAGAUCUGCUACUGACCUAGCUGGUAGGUACUUAUAAAUAGAGUAAUAAUCAUUUUACCAAAAAGUAUAUUUGAUUUUCUGUAUUAUAAUCAAUUACGAUGAUAUAGUUGCAGUUGUUUUCAAAUCGUGAACAAUGCGUCGUUGGAAACACAAUGAAGGCAUUCUGAACUUUCCCAAAUAUUGCAUGAUAGCUAUGGGAAUGUGGAGAUUAAAUUUACCGACCCAAAAUAAAAUUUUAACGAAGUUUUACAUCAUUUAUUCUUGUUUAAUACAGAUUUAUUAUCCGGUAUUUUGGACCUCGCUUUUCGUCAAGUUUGUUAUAGUAAUGAUAGACAAAAAUUCAAACAAGAGCAUGGAGGAAUGGUUCAAGGAUCUUUCAUAUGUGGUUGGUUUCCUCAUCAUAAUGAUGUCGUCGCAAUUUUGGCAGAAAAAAGAUUCCGUACGAAAUAUACUUUACGUAAUUGAGGAGGAAAACGUUUUGCUCCGAUCGCGGGACGAAGAAUUGCUCAAGUGCCAUUUGGAAUUGGUGCAAUUUAGUCGAUUAAUGAACUAUGUCUUCCUGUGCAUUGCAGUGGGUGCAGGGGUGUCGGUGAUGUCCGAAACUUUUAGACGCAGAAAUGAAGUAGAGAAAUACAAUAAAAAAUACAACGGAACUUUGGAAAAACCGUACGCUUUCGAUUUAUUUUUCUUAUUCGAUUUUGAUAAGGAACAGUACAGCAGCCUGUUGCUGAUUGUGGACGGUAUUUCUUGCCUAUUGACUGAUAUUAUGGGCAUUUCGUCUAAAAUUAUGUUUAUUUCGUGCAUAAUUUUCGCCUGUUCAUCACUGCAAAGGUUGCAGAUCAAAUGCAGAAAGAUGACGCUAUACGAAACAGAUCUUUUCGAUGCUUUAAGUCAUCUCAUUAGGGAAAAUCAGCAAAUUAUUAGGUUUGUGCAGAACUUAAACCAUUCAAUAAAAUACCUGAUUUUAGUGGAGUAUUUGUUAACUUCGCUGAAUAUAGCUGCAGUCUCAAUUCAAGUGAUGUUGUUUAAUUCCACUAGAGCGUCCGCAUUGUUUUUUCUCAGCUAUUUGUUUUCGCAAAUUUUAAUCUUGGGUUGGAGCGCAAAUGAAAUCAAAAUGCAGAGUCUGGGUAUAGCGGAUGCCAUAUACGACAGUCCCUGGUACGACCAAAGUGACGCAGUAAAGAAAACGGUCUUGUUUAUUAUUAUGCGUGCGCAACGACCUCUUCAGCUAACGAUCGGGCCAUUUAACGGUAUGACUACGGAAACGGCGGUGACUAUUCUGAAAGCGUCUUAUUCAUACAUUACACUGAUGAGGACCGAGUACGUUUAAUCCAAAGAUUGAUUCCAUUGUCUGCCAGAUAAAAUUACUGGCCAGUGGAACUAAGUAACGUAAAUAUAUAUGAUAAUAUGUUUUAAUUAAUUUUUAUUCAAAAACGAAUAUAUAACUUAAUCUGUCUUCAUUGUCUUGUUGUCUUAUCCGCUUUGCGCUUCUUCGGCUUCUUUUCUCCUUUUUGUAUUUUCAUUUUCAUCAGUCAUUAGUUUAUUUUAAUU